AUGUCUGACGAGAAAGUUCAGUUAGUUCACGAGACAUUGGAUGCUGCUGUGACGGCUCCAGCCAAGCGCCACAGUCGGCCCACAGCAGCCAAAGUCAGGAUUGGUUUGCUGGCGCUGGUUGGGUCGCUCUUGACUCUAGGUUUUGUCAGUCGGCACUUUAGCGCUUGCACCCACCACAACAGCAAGAUUCAUACACCAGACCCCAACUUCGAUGCAGGCAAGGCAUUUGUUGCCAUCCCUUCGACUGAGCGCCUGCGCGAAAACCUCUGGUAUUACACGUCCGGGACACAUGUCGCCGGCAUAAACCGCACUCAGGCUGUCUACACCCGCGACUACUUCCGUGAUCAAGGAAUCCAUGCUGAGAUUGCAGAGUACUAUCCGUGGCUGAACUACCCGGUUGACCAGAGAGUUGCGCUGUUCAAUGCAACCACGGGCCAAAGGAUCCGAACAACCUGCCUGCCUUCCACGGGCUACUCCGCCGAUGGCAACGUCACUGGUCAGCUUGUCUAUGCCAAUUACGGAUCGCAUGAGGAUUUCAAGGCUCUCAAGGCGGCUGGGAUUAGCGUAAAGGACAAGAUUGUGCUGGUGCGCUACGGAGAUCUGGAUGGUGCUCGUGGUGUCCUGAUCUACUCGGACCCUGCCGAUGACGGCUACGUCCAAGGUCCGGUCUACCCGGAAGGGCCGUGGAGACCUGAAUCGUCAUUCCAGCGGGGGUCUGUCCAGCGACUCAGUCUCUAUCCAGGUGACCCACUAACGCCUGGCUAUGCUUCAACCAAGGAUGCACCGCGCAUUGAUGUCGACAAGGCAGAGAGUCUGAACCACAUCCCAUCACUGCCUCUGUCAUACCGCGAUGCCGAGCCGCUGCUGCGUGCCUUGAAGGGCCAAGGCAAGCCUGCAAAGGAUGGUGUUGAGUACUGGACUGGACCGAGCGAGCUUGAUGUCAACCUGCCUCAACAAGGCUGGGAAGAACCCAACCGCGUUGUAAUCAUUGGUAAUCACCGCGAUGCCUGGUGUGCCGGUGCAUCCGACCCGUCUUCAGGAUCGGCUGCUCUUCUUGAACUUUCACGCGGUUUUGGCGAACUAUUGAAGCAUGGAUGGCGCCCACGUCGCUCUAUUAUUCUGGCAUCGUGGGAUGCCGAGGAGUAUGGCUUGGUCGGUUCGACAGAGUGGGUCGAAGAGCACCAGAAACUGCUCGGUGCCGAGGCUGUUGCGUAUGUCAAUGUGGAUGUGGCUGUUCGCGGUUCGCUAUUCUACUCGAGUGCAUCGCCGCUGUACAAGUCUCUGCUGUAUAGCGUCGCAAAGGAGGUUCCGUAUGUUGACAGCAAUCAGACUGUCUACCAGCACUGGGUGGGCGAGUAUGAGCGAGAGCAGGCCAGUCGCAGGAGGCCACACCACCACCCAGGUGACAAGGCUCCACCUAUCGGGCCACUCGGAUCGGGCAGCGAUUUUACUGCGUUCAACGAUUUUAUCGGCGUUUCGUCGGUUGAUCUUGGGUUUAGUGGACCUGGCAGCGUUUACCAUUCCAACUACGACAGCUUCAAGUUUGCCGAGACCUUCACCGACCCUGGCUUCAAGAUCCACAAGACACUGACUCAGGUCUGGGGUCUACUGACAAUCCGUCUGGCUGACGAACCGCUGGUCCCAUUCAACCCGGUCUCGCAUGCGUGGGACUUUAAGCACUAUGUCGAUGACCUCGAGCAGGCUGUUCUUUCCAAGCUCUCGGAGGAUGGCCGUGGCUCGUCGCACCGCAACCAUCGCCAGGCCAAGAAGGCAGUCAGGAACCUGCGUCAUGCACAGAAGAAGCUGCUUGCUGCUGCCCACCACUAUAUUUUUGCCCGGGAUGCCCUUGUAAGAAGGUUUGGCGGCGAUUGCGCUGCCGCUACUGGCCCGAGACAAACGUACUGCAUCCAGUGGAAGAAGGAGCUGAACGACAAGGUGGCUUUCUAUGAGCGCCACUUCUUAGACGAGGAGGGGCUUCCUGGCCGCAGCUGGUUCAAGAAUGUUCUGGUUAGUCCUGCGCUCUGGAAGGGAUAUGGAGCGCAGACACUCCCUGGCUUGACCGAGGCAGCAACCGACGGUGACUGGAAGCGCUUCAAGCGCUUGGAGAGACGCACAGCGAAGCUAGCAGAGUCUGCUGCGAAGUCCCUGUUUUCUGGGAAGCGCCAGAAGGAUGGCAAGCACUAG